AUGUCUUACCACAGCUCCGACAACUCGACCAUCGGGCCGCUGGACCUGGAAGACCCGACACUCUGGCAAUCAACGUAUGCGCCCUGGUCUGCGGGCCACUCAAUACACCACCACCAGCACCACCCCUCCUUCGACUCGGGCACCCCUCGAAGCGUACAAAAGGACCUGGCUGGCACUGGUCUGGCACUGGCCGACGAUGCCGGGAACUUCGGGCCAUCAGAACCUCGACAUCUGGACGGGUCUCUCCCCACCUUCGACCUCCAACACGACAUGGCUCCAGUAGCCAUGGCCCGCAUGGGCUCGACGAACGGCUCUCACGGUGGCUACCACUCGGCGCCGACAUCGACUCACCCGCUGUACGCGAGCAACAACGGCAACGGCAAGCGCGACUUCCACCACGUCGACAUGGACUUCUCGACGAGCUACACCUACGGCAGCACGACGACACCUUGGCAGUAUUCGACGCCUGCGGGUACCACAGUACCAUCGCAGCCUCACCUCGACGACGUUCAAGUCUUUGAACCCGCCGAGUAUUGCUCCAAGCUUUCGAGCGAUCCCCUCACCGACCCCAUGUGCUCCACUGCAACACAAUUUGCACAUAAGAAGGCCCGAGUCGGAGCAGGUCUACAAACCUCGUCGACGGUCGGCCGCUCUUCUUAUGCUCCAAAUUUGUGCGUGCCGUCGGCACAUGACAACGUAUCGCCAAGUACGAGUAUGUCGUCGACGACUCACCUGUCACCAAGCUCCCUCACGUCGAGUGAGGCGAUGAGCCGACAGAGUAGUGUGACCAGUGCGUCGGUGAUUGAUGCUUUCGACAUGAUGCGCGUUGAGUCUUCCUUCUCCACUGCCUCUGAUCUCUUUUCUGUCGAUGAUCUUGAUGGUUCUUUCGUAUCGUCUGCUACUGAGAAGCCGCCUAGUAGUCACCAGCCUACUAUGAUCGGCUUGCAAGAUGGUAGUGCCUCGCAUUUGCUGAGCAAUGUGGGCUAUGGCUUAGGUUGUACCCCGGACUUUCCUUUUGUUAGUACUGUUGGUCAAGAUUUUUCUGAUGCUGCUGCUGUUGAUCAUGCUGGCGGUCAACAGUACGCCAUCGACGGCAAUGGGUUUGCCUUUGCUCACCAACACCAUCACCACCACGCCCAAGACAUGGUGCGCAGCGACUCUCAAGAAAGCAACUCGAGUUCAUCCUCGUCCGAAUUCAAAGCCAACGAACGUCGCCGCAAGCACAUCGAGAACGCCAGACAAAACAUCGCACCCAAGAGUCUCCCCGACGGCCCCAAAUCAGCACCCCUGAAGAGAGAGUCCAGCACGCCCAACGCCAGCAACAACCGCUCCUCCAAACCCAACCACACCACCACCAAGCCCAAAGAACCCAUCUCCAAAGCCCCCUACACCCGCCCCUCGCACCCCAAACUCUACUGCAACAUGUGCGAAGAAUUCCCCCAUGGCUUCCGCGGCGAGCACGAACUCCGCCGCCACUGGGACCGCGCGCACGCCGAAUGCCGCAAAGUCUGGAUCUGCACCGAACCGACCACCCGCACGGAGUGGUGGCCCGCCAAACCCCUGGGCAUCUGCAAGCAGUGCAAGCAGCAGAAGCAGUACAACGUGUACUACAACGCGGCAGCUCAUCUGCGCAGGGCUCAUUUCUGUCCGAGGAAGCGGGGCCGGAAGGCCAGGGGUGAGGAGAGGGAGUCUCGAGCAGGGAAAGCCGGAGGCGACUGGCCGCCGAUUGAGUGGUUGAAAGCGAACGGAUGGUUGAAAGAAGUCGAAGUCUCAAGCGAUCAGGCCUUUGGGCAUUCAUUGCCCCUCGAAUCAUCCUCGACGAGCACGACAAUGCCAACAGAAACGAUGGACGACCUUGCCCUGGACCUCGACCUCGAUCUCGACGACCAGCUCGCCGCCGCGCAGACGCUGGGGUUUCAGGAUGCAUAUCUGCCUCAUCAGCAAGCUCAUUCGACGGGGUUUGACAACAACAAUAACAUGAGAUACCCCACGUCUAUCGAUAAUGCUGGCUUGUCGUUCUCGAAUGAGUUAGUUGCGGCGCCGAUGAUGCAGCAUACCGUCUCGGCGCCGCCGGGGUUGUAUUAUCAGCAAUUUUGA